GCAGAGGAACUGUUAAUAAGUGUUUCCUACAAUGUACUGUGAUGAUGGAACAUGCCUGAUGGAAUUAGUUGGCUAUCACAUUUUUUGUAUGAAUUUUCAGGAUUCACUAGCCCCGGCCAGUGAUCUGUUUCAAUGAUGUUGCAAAGUGCUUCCGCCACAAUCCAGGAAUGGUUGGCUCAACCAUGGCAGCAAAUGAAAAUGGAUCUUCGGAUGGUCCUUGUCCUGGCCUGUGGCUCGUCUGCAGGUUUCUUUGCAUUGAGAUGGAUAAGACAGAAAAGGAUCAGAAAACAAAUUCUAGAGGCAAGAAGGAAGAGAAACAAUGGUUUGGAAGAAAUGGAAAAGGCUGUCAGUGAGUUCAAACAGCAGAAUCCUGGAAUACAAACCACUUCUAUCCUUUCUCUGCCUCUGGCAGAGCUGGCUGAGAAGCUGAAGGAAGGGUCUUUGUCUCCUGAAAGUGUCCUUUAUACCUAUAUGGAGAAGGCCUUAACAGUGACCCAGAAGGUGAACUGUGUGCGCCAUUUUAUUCCAGAAUGUGAGCAACACCUCCAGGAACUGAAAAAGCAGAAGCAAAAGGGCUUACUGUAUGGUAUCCCUGUCAGUAUCAAAGACCACAUUGCAUACAAGGGCCAUUUAUCAACAUGUGGCUUUACUCAGUCACUCAGUGAACUACAAGAAGAAGACAGUGUGUUGGUCAAGGUGUUAAAGAGGCAAGGAGCAAAUCCAUUUGUAUUCACCAAUGUUUCACAAUCCUUAUACAGUUAUGACUGCAGCAACUCAAUUUUUGGCCAGACAGUAAAUCCUCUUGAUCAUAAAAGAACCCCUGGUGGUUCAUCUGGAGGGGAAGGGGCUCUAAUUGCUGGAGGAGGCUCUAUCUUGGGAUUUGGAUCAGACCUAGGUGGAAGUGUCCGCCUACCUUCCAGCUUCUGUGGUAUUUGCGGAUUUAAGCCAACAGCAGGUAGGCUGAGCAAUUCAGGAAUCAGAGGGCCUAUUGAUGGACUACUCUCUGUUAUGGUAACAGCGGGGCCAAUGGCAAGGGAUGUGGACAGCCUGGUUCUCUGCAUGAGGGCUCUCUUGUGUGAGGACCUGUUUCAACUGGAUCCCACUCUGCCACCCAUGCCAUUCAAUGAGGAGGUAUAUUCUUGCUCUACACCACUCAGAAUUGGGUUUUUUGACACUGAUGGCUAUUUCCUGCUCCCUCCUUGUAUGAGGAGGGCUGUUCAUACAACCAAGAAACUUCUCCAAGAAGCUGGUCAUAUACUGGUUCCUUUCACUCCACCUUCAGUGCAUUAUGCCAUAGAUGAACUCUUUUUUAAAGCUCUUUUUGCAGAUGGAGGCUCAACUAUGUCCACCAUGUUCAAAAGAGAAAUAGUGGACCCAAGUGUGAAAUUUCAGGUGAAUUGCCUUAUGAUUCCAAAUUUAGUCAAGAAAGUUGUGGCAAAGAUCAUCAAGCCAUGGUUUCCACGACUAGCCAACCACCUUUAUGCAUUGUGUGGAGUUGGGGCUGUGAACAAGCUGUGGGAGCACCAUGACAAAGUGAUGGCUUAUCGUCAGAGAUUUGCUGCUGAGUGGAAAAAAUACAAGCUUGAUGUUAUCCUUUGUCCAGUCUUGGGUCCAGCUUUCACUCUUGGGUAUCCUGCCAAACUACUAUCUGCUAUCUCAUCUACCAUGUUGUUCAAUGUGUUAAACUUCCCUGCUGGAGUUGUGCCAGUCACCACUGUGACAGAGGAUGAUGAAGAAGAACUGAAGGAGUAUCAAGGACACUAUGGUGACCCUUGGGAUAAGAAGCUGAAAGAGGCUGUGAAAGGUGGUGUGGGGCUUCCAGUGGCAGUCCAGUGUGCAACUUUACCAUGGCAGGAAGAGCUAUGUCUUCGAUUCAUGAAAGAAAUAGAGACAUUGUCCUUGGAAGGAAGGCAAAAGAAAGCUACCUGAACUGACCAGAGGAAAAAAUGACAUCUACCUAUAAAGGGGCAGUGAUAACCAGAUAACCAGAAAUAUCCAUUACUCUUGCAUCAUGAAAAAACAGGCACAUUUCAUUCCAGAAUUCCUAUUUGUCCUAUGCGAGGAAAUGUCUGAAAUCCCCCUUUUACAUGAAUCAUUGGUUCCAACAACCCAAGAAGUACAUUUUGUUCCAAAGACCCCUAUAUAAGUAUCUCAGCAUGAAGUUGAAUGUGUUUCUUUUGGAGUCAGAUGCAGUUCAGCACAAAAAACAGUGUCACCUAUAAUAUAUAACUUUGCAGAGUAAGAAGGGGAUCACAUUCCACUCCUCAUUACUAUGAUGACUAGUAACAUGAUUUCUUUUCAACAGCAAUAUAUAUAGCAGUCUAUUUUUUUUGUUCCUUUGUAGUGAUCUUUGUAUUUUUAGUAAAACGUUUUAAAGGCAUAUAAAUAAACUAACAAACAAUAAAAGAAAGUAAUGAGUUACUUUAAAAUAUAACAUUCAAAAUUGUGUUUUUGCAAGCCUAAUAACCUCCCCACAUUGGGAUUUUUAUUGCCCCCUUUUCCUCUUCUGGAUGGAGUCUGCCAAGCACCAUCAAAUGAUGCCGGCCUGACCUUGACCCCAUUCCCUCCAAAGUGGAGGGAAAGAGUCCCAAGAUGCUUCCUCUGCCACAAUGGAGAGGAAAGUGUGUUUUGGGUAGUUCCAACUGAGAUACCUGAAUUUUCUUCCCCUUUUGCUCAAUAUGAUGCUGUCCUUUCACCCAUAUGAUGGGGAGAGGGACAGGGAACCAAUGCACCUUGUCCUGUCCCCAUGUGAUGGGAGAAGGAGGGAGGGUGUGCGGGGUGCCACAAGGCUUUCCUGGGUGACUGCCGUCGAAAUGGCAUGGCCCCAGGGGCCGUGUGAAGAGGUUCGUAGUCACAUGUCUGAUUGGGCUGAGAUGAGAACAGAAGUAAGUAAGUAGCGAUAAAGUAAAAUUUUAUAGACCGCCUUCUCUCCCCGAGGAGACUCAGGGCAGUUAACACACCAAAAAAGGCCAACUCAAUGCCCUAUGCAAAUAUAAACAUCUCAAAAAUAAUUUAAAAUAAUAACCAUAAACUAAUGACAAAAGAGAAAUUAAAAUUGAAAUGUAAAACAGAAUAUGAAUAGUCAAAUAAACAUAAUUAUACUAAUAACAUAAUUAACAAUUAAGACAUAAACCCUGAGAAAAUGAUUAAUAUACAUUAAAAUGAUUAUCAUUGUUGUUCUUUCUUGUGUACCAUAGCAGCAAUGGAAUACAAAUAAGUUAGCCAGUGUUGGCUGGUGCUUUUUCCUCUGUUGCACUCCCGUUGCCUAUUCUUAUAGCCUCUCAAUUAUUGGGUUAGAAGUGCAGCAACGCUUAACACUGAAAAGUCAAGAAUGUCGCAGAGCAGGCUGAGCAGUAAAAAUAACAUUAAAUUGUUUGCAUGACCCAAACCUCCCUUCCUCCUUGCCUGCUUAUAUUGACCCCUCUGUGAUGUAAACUUAUGCUCUUAGGGAAGUUUUUCACCUCUUCUCUUUCCACCAAUUGCAUCUCAGCAAUUCCCCAGAAUAAAGAUAGCUUAGAUUGGCAUCCUGAGUAAUGUCCCUAUCCUACAGUGGUGUUUUCAUAAUAAAGUCUCUACUUUGUUUUCCAA